GCCCGCUCACUUGCUCCUCUAAAAAAUGAAAAAUAAACUAGUUUUAGAAAGAGAAGCAGGACACCUGGCUGGCUCAGUGGGAAGAGCAUGCGACUCUUAAUCCCGGGGCUGGGAGUUUGAGUUCCAUGCUGGAUGUAGAGCUUACUUAAGACAAUAAAUAAAUAAACUUAAAAGAGAGACAGAAGGGGCAAGUGGUUGCCUCAGUCAAGUGCUGGUGAAGGUCACGUAGAACGAGGAUGAGAGUAAUCCCUGGCUCUGACUAGUCUAGGACACUGGGAAAUCUGAGCAGUGGUGGGAAAGGGCCGAAGAGAUAAGUCCUGACCUUUGGCCAUGAGAUUCACUCCAUAGGGAGCGGGUCACAUGCCUCGGCCCAAACGAUCUUCGCAUCUCAGAGGGAAAAGUCUGUUUCGGGUCUCCAGUGGCCCUGGGCGUGGCAGGACCUUCCCCAUAGCAGCCCCGCAUGGUUCAGGCAUCUCACAAACAACGCGAGCCUGGAGAGACAGGGGCGCCUAGCAUCUCUGUUCCCAGAGUGAGCCUUGACUCAGACAUCUUGCCUGGGAUGACCCAAGGUGCUCCUUUAUGUAGAAGUGACUCAGAUGUUACCCGGUCAAAACUGGGGCUGCCACAUAGCUUGAGUUCUAGAUACCAUUGCUUUCUAUCUCCCUGGCCCCUUCCUUGUUCCGUGUAGCUCCCUUGGGUGCAGGAAAAAGCUCUUCUUUUUUUCUUUCCCUCCCAAAAUUCCCUGUGAGAUUUUUUUGACAACGUAGAGCAGGGGUCAGGAGUCUAGUCAUAGCGUGUUGAGGAGAGGAAACCCAUUAUAGAUGACAUUUUUCAGAAGUUAAACACAAAGGGGAGUUGAGAAUGAGACAGGAGCAUUUCAAACAAGGAAGGCCAAUGGCCAGUUAGUUUGAUUUCAGCUGCAGAUUCUAUGUUGGCUUUUGUGCUGAUGAGAAGUCAGAGAGUAAGAACUUGAAGGGGAGCUCAGUUUAGGAGAGGAAGGUAGACUUGGAAACAAAAGACAAAACUAAACACACGUGCCUGUCAAAGUAGGACUCAGGUCAGCUGUGUGCCAGCAGAGACGACCAGGAAGUUUUCUGUGUCACAGGAUAAACCAGGCCCAUGUCCUGGAGACUCGGUUUUGCUUGGAGGGGGCCUAGGUUAUCCAGAGUCAUAUUUAAACAAAUCUCGUAUAUAAUGAAGUAAAAUGAUGUGAUUUACCCCAAACUUAUGGGUAAGACCCAAGACUUUCUCACUUGAGUUGGGCAGCGCUGGGAGCUCCUUCCUGAAGCCCCUCUGGUUAGGGUGCUCGGCUGGGACCACAGUGAGGUCCGGCCCAGGGAACAAAGGAGCAGCUCUAGAAGAGAGGGUGCACCUGCUUGCUUCUGGAAGAAGUUGCCCUUAAAUGAGCUUCUGAGGGAGGAGCAGGACUUUGUCCUGCAGAUGCUGUAGGAAGCGGGGAGACAGCACCGGAACCUGGAGGCCUGGAAAGGUGCUGUGGGCUGAGGUUACCCCAUCUUCCAAAUUCUUCGAGAGGUGGAUAGGCCAUCGGAGGGGAGGGAGAAGAGGCCGAGAGGAAGGAAUCAGGGAGACAACUAGAUCCUACAUUUUCUUGACCAGAUUAAGUGUCUGAAUUUGGUGCUGGGGCCACUAAGGAGACAUGUAGGGAUUUUGAAGCAAGAAGCGACAUGAUCAGAUUUCCAUUUGGUAAAAGCCAUUCUAGCAGUCUUGUAAGUCAACCGGAGCAAUUAUUUUUUGUUGGUCGUUUUUUUCUUUUUUAAUGUUUAUUUUUGAGAUAGCCUGUAGGUGGGGGAGGGGCGGAGAGGCCGGGGACAAAGGAUUGGAAGCGGGCUCCGCACUCACAGCUUCAAGCCCGAUGCGGGUCUGCGGGUCGGGUCUGGCUCAUGAACCCUGAGAUCAUGACCUCAGCCGAAGUCAGAGGCUCAACCCACCGAGCCACCCAGGUGCCCCUCUUUUGUUGGUCUUAAUCAUAACCUGAAAUAAAGGCAGAGUACAAACUGGGGUGGUGAAGGAUAUGAGCCACCAAUAUUAAUACAGGAUUGACAGCUUUAAUUUAUAAAAAAUUCAUAUGGAAGAAUAGGAAACAGCAUCAGAAUGUCUGGGGGGGGGGGCAAUUUGCCUGGAAAAAUCUCUUCCAGAGUAUAUUAAAUAGUUAAUAUGAAAAGUGAUCAGCCUCGCUGUCCUAUAAAUGUCUAGUAAAAUAAUAAUUUGAUCUAUUUCACCCAUCCCAUUAGUGAUGACUAGGGAAUAAUUGUUCUCAGUGUUGGCAGGAAUUAGGUGAGAGGCUCAUUCCCAUUAACAGUGUGAUAGGUUUAACUUUGGCAAUAUGCUCAGAAUUCAACUCCUAGACCCGAUGACUAUCUUUCUGGGAAUUUAUCAGAAAGUUUGUCAGGAAGUAUCAAAGAUGUGGACAAAGAUUUAUGUAUUUAUAAAGUACACUAGUUAUAGUAGAUUAAAAAAAAAAAAGCCACUAAGAUGUCCCACAAUCUUGGGAAUUACAGGAACCUACAAUAUGAUAUUAUGUAAGUAUAAAUAAUGUUUCUGAUUAUGUAAAAGCUUCAUCAAUUCUGCCACAAUGUGAACAGAGGCUGUCAUUGGUUGGUGACAUUAUGAGUGAUUUCUGCUUUGUAAAAGUGUUUUCCAGAGGUGCCUGGCUGGCUCAGUCAGUGGAGCAGGAGAGCCUUGAUCUUGGGGUUGUAAGUUUGAGUCCCACAUUGGGUACAGAGAUUACUUAAAAAUAAAAUCUUAAAAAAAAUAACUAAAAAAAUGUUUUCCCAUGUUUUUAAUUUUUUUUUCAUGACAAUAAGAGGUUUAACCCCAAAAUAAGGAAUUGCAGGCCGAAUUGCUUGCAGGAAGGCAACUUUGAGGCGGUGAAAACUGAAUCACACACGUGCAUUCCCAGUCUACCCUUGAACUUUCAACCCACAUAAACAACAGAGUAACAACUUCCCGUCUUCUCAGUCCUUACCAUCACUUGACAGGCUUAAUCUCAUUAAUGCUCCCAGUGCCUCCCCAACUUCAGGAUAAAAGAAGUGAGGCUUGAGGGGGAAAAUUCACCAGCCCAACGCCUUCCAUUUCAUUUUAGUGUUGUCUUGACCCUCCCUUUUUGCCCUAUCCCCUUUUAUUUAGUCCAGCCCAUCCUUCUGUAUCCUGGUCUUUGAGCUGAAGACUGCAAAGACACGGACCCUUCGUCUCUCUGGAAAACUUCCCCUCCCCACCCCACCCCCCAGAGCCAAGGCCUGGGAGCUGGGGGCAGGCUUUCCUGAGAUCACUUCCCGCUUCCUUCUUCCCCGCCUUUAACUUUGGCUCCUGGGGCCACAGCCAGCUUGGUCACUUGCUAACCAGGCUCCUGGGUGCCUCUUCCUCCAAGAUCAGAGGUCAGUGCUGUGCCCGCUCUGGUUCCCCCCCCCCCCCACGAGAGCACUUUCUCUCCCUCUGGCUCUUUCCCGGGUCCUGGGCCCUCUACCCCCUGCCCUUUACUCUCCAGCUCCCCUCCCUUUCCCCGACUUUCCUCUUCUCUCCUCCGGUUCAGUCCCCUGGUUUCCAUCUCUGCCUCCAUCGCUUCAUCUUUAUUAUCAUUCCUGAAACAAAUACCAAAUUACUGUAUGGGGGGGAGGGCUUUUUAGAGCAGCGGUACAUUGGUACGCAACCCAUUAAUGGGUACCAUGCCUCCCAAUUCCCUUCUCCUAGGAUUCUUUUAGGGGUUUAGGGCCUAUUCGGCUGUGCACCUGCUCGGCCACACGGGGCGGUGUGCGCUGGCACCGGGAGUCUGCGGUGGGAGGGGGCGAGCGGGCGGAUCCGCGUGGAAAGAGCGGUGGGGAGGAGGCCGGAGAAGGGCGUCGAAAGAUCCAUCGCCCGGCCUGCAUCUCCCAGGCGCAAGUUCUGACGCCCGCAGGACACCCGGUGACCUGCUGCCCCAGGAAGGUUGGACAUGGCAGUUUUUCCAAACUGCUGCCUCCCCGCGUGCCUGCUCGUCCUCACUUUCUUCCAGCUGUCCAGGCCCGAUUCGGCCCCCUUCGACGUGAUCGGCCCCGCGGAGCCCGUCCUGGCCGCGCUGGGGGACGACGCCGAGCUGCCCUGCCGCCUGUCCCCGAGCGUGAGCGCCGAGCGCAUGGAGCUGCGGUGGUUCCGCGGGAAGGUGGCGGCCGCGGUGCUGGUGCGCCGGGACGGCCGCGAGCGGGAGGCCGAGCAGACGGCCGAGUACCGCGGCAGGGCCACGCUGCUGGACGGCGACAUCGCGGCCGGGCGCGUCGCCGUGCGCAUACACCGGGUCCGGGCCUCGGACGACGGCGAGUACCGGUGCCUCUUCCGGCAGGACGGACGCUACGGGGAGGCCAGCGUGCACCUGAAGGUGGCCGCUCUGGGCUCUGAUCCUCAAAUCCAUAUGGAAGUUCAAGAAAGUGGAGAGAUCCGGCUGGAGUGUACCUCCGUAGGAUGGUACCCAGAGCCCCAGGUGCAGUGGAGGACUUCCGAGGGAGAGUGGUUUCCAUCCACAUCAGAGUCUAGGAAUCCUGAUGAAGAAGGCCUGUUCACUGUGGCGGCUUCCGUGAUCAUCAGGGACACCUCCAUGAAGAAUAUAUCCUGCCAUUUCCAGAACCUCCUUCUGGGCCAGGAGAAGGAAGUAGAGAUCUCCAUACCAGCUCCCUUCUUCCCACGGCUGACUCCCUGGAUGGUGGCAGUGGCUGUCAUCUUGAUGGUCCUGGGACUUCUUACAAUUGGGUCCGUAUUUGGCACUUGGAGACUAUACAGGGAAAGAGCCCGACAGAGAAAGGAUGAAUUCAGCUCUAAAGAACAGAAAAAGGCCACCCUGCAUGCAGUUGACGUGACUCUGGAUCCAGACACCGCCCAUCCCCACCUCUUUUUGUACGAGGAUUCAAAAUCUGUCCGGCUGGAAGAUUCACGCCAGAAACUGCCCGAGAAACCAGAGAGAUUUGACUCCUGGCCUUGUGUGUUGGGUCGUGAGACCUUCACGUCAGGGCGACAUUUCUGGGAGGUGGAGGUGGGAGACAGGGCCGACUGGGCGGUCGGGGUGUGUAGGGAGAAUGUGGUGAAGAAAGGGUUUGACCCCAUGACUCCUCAGAAUGGGUUCUGGGCUGUGGAGUUGUAUGGGAAUGGGUACUGGGCCCUCACCCCACAGCGGACCCCUCUCCCAUUGGCAGGGCCUCCCCGCCGGGUUGGGAUUUUCCUGGACUAUGAAUCAGGAGACGUCUCCUUCUACAAUAUGGCCAACGGAGCCCAUAUCUAUACUUUCUCCAAUGCCUCCUUCUCUGGUCCCCUUCGGCCUUUCUUCUGCCUGUGGUCUUGUGGUAAAAAGCCCUUGACCAUCUGCCCACCCACUGAUGGGCCUGAGAGAGUCACAGUAGUUGUCGAUGCCAAGGACUUUGCUAAGGAGAUCCCGCUGUCCCCUAUGGGGGAGGACUCUGCCUCUGGGGAUACGGAUACCCUCCACUCUAAGCUAAUCCCUACCCAGCCCAGCCAAGGGGCACCUUAAGAAAUCUCCCAGCUAAACCGUUUUCCUUUAUGCUAAGCCCUCCCCUCAGUCCUCUCUGAGUCGCCAGCCCCCGACCUCACCCAGCCCCUGUUUCUUCCUGUUGGGUAGGGAUCAGUUGGUCUUGGGAAGGUUAUGUUGCUGCUGUUAGAGAGCGUGGGGUGUAGGGCCUUCCUAAUCUGUUUCUGUACUGGUACUCGGGGCAGGCGCGUGACUCUGAAGCUGUUUCUAGUGUCCUCCUACCCCUCCCCCCAGGCCACAUCCUAUAGGGAGGGACAGCUCGGCUAUCGAGAUGGGGUUAGGUUGGCAUGUGGUUAUGACAGAAACACCUCAGUGUCCAGAAGAGGGAUGAGUAGAGGAACAGCUUUUACACAAGCGGGAAACCCAAAAGGUUCUGGGAAGGGAAAAUUCGAGGCUGAAGUCCCAUAACGGAACCUGGGGGGGCAUCGCAGUGGAGGAAAGGGAGGGGAACCUAGGCCAAUGACGAAUACCUGGCCUGCUCCUAGAGUUUUACGGCCUGUCUCUCAGAUUUUCCAAGACAUGUCCUACAGAGUAAAGGGGACUGGCCCUACUCCCGUGGGAUCUGAAAAAUAUGGUGUGGGGGCGUGGAGAAGGGAUGAAGGGAGCAGGCCUGGGGCCCGGACAGAAGAUCUGACCCCGGGAGAAAACGGGAGACCAAACCCGAGCUGUGUGCGUCGCCACGACGCGGAGCCGGCUUUCCUCUCUGCGGCCUCCUGUUUCCCCCUCACCUGGAGUCAUUCCAGCCUCACUUGCUGGGCCCCACAACUUUCCAGCUCUCUUCCUCCUUUUGACUUAGAAUCUCUCCAUCUCAGAGCCUUUCUAGAAACCCUGGUCGGUGAUGUCCCCUCUUUAGCAGCCGGUGUCGGCCUCGGGGCCCCUCAGCCCUCAUCCCAACAUCCGGUUUAGCCCCCUCAAACCCCCCCUUCCAUCCGCUCCCCAAGCAGCUCAUGCCCACGCCCCGCCACCGGUCACUCUCCCCGCCCAGCUUUCCUGCGUGCCGUUCUCCCCGGGGUCCCCGGAGGCUGUGUCAUCGCGCUCGACACAGCUAGACUGACCGCACCUGCUCGUGUUUGCGCUUUCCCGUAUACUCGGGGCUUGUCACGCCAACGGACCGCAGGUGUAUCUGGGCUCGCCCCUUCUACUUCCGUUGUGUUCUUCCAGUUUCCAGCAUGGGUGUCGCCCGUGGUCUUGACCUAAUAAAUAAGUCUGUUGAUUGC